CAGACUUAGUUUCUUGCUCAAGUCUGUCUACGACGUGCUGCCAAGUCCAACAAACCUAGUGACUUGGGGUCUUGCCGAAAAGCCAGAUUGCAAGCUCUGUGGAAGACCAGCGAAUCUGGAGCAUGUCCUGAGCUCAUGCAGGACAGCCCUGUCUGAUGGUCGAUACAGAUGGCGUCACGACAGGGUUCUUGCUUCAAUCGCCGAUCAUCUAGAUCAAGCACGAAAAGCGCAGAAGAUGACCAACAAAGGCCCCUCAUUCAUUUCCUUUGUCAGAGCCGGAGAAGAAGGGGCAAAGGCCAAACGCGCAUGUGGGAUUCUUGGGACGGCAACAGAUUGGAGAAUGGAAGCAGACUUGAAGAAACAGCUCAAGUUUCCACAGGAGAUCACCGUGACAAACCAGAGACCCGACAUAGUACUGUGGUCAGCUGCAUCAAAACAGGUUGUGAUGGUGGAGCUCACAGUACCAUGGGAGGAGCGGAUUGAAGAGAGCUUCGAACGGAAGCGCGAAAAGUACCAGGCCCUCACAGAUACCUGCACAGAGAAAGGCUGGAAGGCAUGGUGUUUUCCAGUGGAGGUGGGCUGCAGAGGUUUCCCAGCACAAUCACUGUGGCGCACUUUCAGCAGACUGGGGGUUACAGGACAGGUCCGGAAACGGGCCAUAUCGGUUGUUGCACGUGAAACAGAGUCUGCUUCCUUGUGGCUAUGGCGGAAGAGAGAGGAGAAGUGGAUAGGGGGACACAGGGCUGUCGACUAGGGACUGGCCACCGAGACCUGGCAGAUGAGGAAGUGUAGCGGAAGCUUACUAUC